GCUCCCAGCACAGAGCGCAGAGCGGGGCAGCAGCAGCAGCUCUACGGUCUAGGCAGUGAGUCAGUGGACUCAGUACCGUCUCGGGUCUGUAGUCGUGGUGGCGGACCCAAACUAAAAGCCGGCAAGGAGUAAAUUCAGACAGCUGAGAUACAGGAGCGCUUCGUGUGUGCAGUCGGCGUUUGGCGGAGCUCUAAGUGUUUCAGUCCGUCAGAAGAAAGUGUUGGACCCAAGGACGGUCACUACUACAAAGCUUGAGAAGCGCAAAACGUUGGGAAAACGUGAUGAAUGCGAUCAGACAUUAUUUUCCUCUCCUGCUUGUUGUGGCGGCGGUGACGGACAUGGUCGCUAAAGCCUCUGUCUCUGAGGAUGGUGGCUCUAUCACCCAGGGAAGCCCUCUAGAGAGCGAGGCCAGGCUGUACCCCACCACCCAGGACACAGGACGGAGGCUCCUUGUUGUCACCACCGUCCCACCUGUCAACUUCCCGAACCACCACCCACUCUACCAAAAUCCCCUCCAACACCCUCAGGGUCAGCCCAACUACUUCGAAGACAGCAGGUUAUCCAGCUCUCAGCGCACCUUCUCCACCCUGCCGUCUGGGGCUUCAGAUGAGAGUGCUGAAAUCUCCAACGUGCAAACAACCCUUGUAAUGCACGCAUUAGCAGCCACUUCUCUCUCCAACACCCCUAUUCCAGUCACCAGCAUGGCUCCAGAACAUGCUGCCAGCAUUCCCUCUGCUGCUGCUACUGCCGCAAAGGAGAAAGAUGUAGUGAGGUCCGGUCAGCCUGGACUGAAGCACAAUGUGAGGCCAGGUAGUAAUGAGGAGGAGACAACCACCACCACCAUCACCACCAUGCAAAGUCUAGUUCCCUGCCAGCUGAACUUGACUGGGCCAGAAGGAUACAUAGAGGCUCCGCCACAGUCCAGCUCUGCUUUUCACUCCACUAUGGAUUGCAGCUACGUCAUCACUGUCUAUAUGGGCUAUGGAGUGGAGGUCCAGGUGUUGAAUGUGAAUCUAUCUGAGGGAGACAAGGUGGUGUUUGAAGAUGUGGGCCACAGAGAGAACACCAUGCUGGCCAAUGAGUCCAUUCUGAUGAGGGGGUUGGUAAUAAGAAGCCACAGCAAUCAGAUCUCUAUCCGCUUCCACAACCAGAGGUCUCAGGUUGGAUCAGUGCUGCUCAGAUACCAAGCCUUUGUGUUGAGCUGUGUCUUCCCCCAGCGACCUCUCUACGGUGAUGUAUCAGUGAGCAGUCUCCACUCUGGAGGGGAGGCUUUCUUCUCCUGCCUGACCGGCUACCAGCUGCAAGGCUCCAGUAUGCUCACCUGCCGCAAUGCUAGCACCCCCUACUGGAGUGGCAAGGAACCACACUGCCUAGCUGCUUGUGGUGGUUUGAUCAGGAACGUCACAGUCGGCCGGAUCGUCUCUCCUGGUUUUCCCAGCAACUACAGCAACAACCUGACCUGCCACUGGCUGCUGGAGGCCCCUGAGGGCCAGAGAAUACAUAUCCACUUUGAGAAGGUGGCGCUGGCCGAGGAUGAUGAUCGGUUGCUGAUCAAAAACGGUAACAUCAUAGAUGCAGCUGCCCUGUAUGAUUCCUAUGAGGUGGAGUAUCUUCCCAAUGAAGGUCUACUCAGCACGUCCAGGCAUCUCUUCACCGAGCUCACUACAGACGCUACAGGCACAUCCACUGGCAUUGCCAUCAGGUACCAAGCUUUUGCAGCAGGCCACUGCUACGAACCCUUCGUGAAGUAUGGUAACCUGACCAGUAGCGACAUCACUUGGGCAGUGGGAGCUGUGGUGGAGUUUGCCUGUGACCCUGGCUAUACCCUGGAACAGGGAUCUGUCACUAUUGAAUGCGUGGACCCCAACAAUCCCCAGUGGAACGAGACCGAGCCUGCCUGCAGAGCUGUGUGUAGUGGCGAGAUCACAGACUCAGCUGGAGUGGUGCUGUCUCCUAACUGGCCUGAAGCCUACGAUAAAGGCCAGGACUGUAUCUGGGGAAUCCACGUUGAGGAGGACAAGAGGAUCAUGGUGGACAUUCAAGUAUUGAAUAUUGGGAAGAAUGAUCUGUUGACCUUUUAUGAUGGAGAUGAUCUUACAGCUAAAGUACUGGGUCAGUAUGGAGGAUCAAAGUCCAGAUUUAAGCUCUACACCUCCACAGCAGACCUCACCAUCCAGUUCCAGUCUGACCCUGCCACCAACGUCUACGGCUACGGCAACGGCUUCAUAGUCCACUUCUUUGAAGUAGCUCGUAAUGACACCUGCCCCGAGCUUCCAGAGAUCUCUAAUGGCUGGAAGAGUUCAUCUCACCCUGAGCUGGUUCAGGGCACCGUGGUGACCUACCAGUGUUACCCUGGUUUUCAGGUGGUGGGUGCUGAGCUGCUCAUGUGCCAAUGGGACCUCACCUGGAGCGGCGACUUACCAAGCUGUGAAAGAGGUUGGUACACAAACACGGCCAUCACUACUGAAUCAUCCACUUGAGACCAUACAAGCUUAGUACCAAAGUGUCCAUUGUGCUUUCAUCACCAACAAGGAAAUAUAUGUAGGAGAUGAUGUUGAUAGACCAUGUCAGACAAAUCCAACAAGAUUUUUUUGUUUUUGUUUUUCAAACCUUUUCAUGAGCCUUUUGUGACAUGUCAGUUAGCCUUGACAUUAACUUAAGAGUCCAAGUUAACUACAACUUGUCAAACAGCUUCAUCACCUUGCAGGUCAAUGUGUAGCACUGGCUGGCACAGAACAGGCAGAAACCCACAAGCACAACUCGAGACAGCAAGUUAGGAGCAAGUCCAAAAUCUUUAAUCUGAUAAGCAAGUAGAGGUUUAAAACCAGGCAAACAGAGAAGGCUGAGGUAACAAGUGUUGGGAAUGAAAAGGAGCGUGU